AGAGAGGGGCAGUUUUUUCUAACUAGUUUCUCGGGCGACCACCCUCAAUGGAAGUGGCCAGCAAAGCAACGUCGUCUUCCGGAAAAGCUAAGGGUCGGAACGGGGAUGUUGAGAAGAAAGAAUACCCCGACCCUCUUGCCUCUCAUGAGGAAGUUGUUGGGGACCCUAUUGUUUUCUGGGAUACUCUUAGGCGCUUUCAUUUUGUAAUGGGCACCAAGUUUAUGAUUCCUGUGAUUGGAGGGAAAGAGUUGGAUUUGCAUGUUCUGUAUGUAGAAGCUACCAAAAGGGGUGGUUAUGAAAAGGUAGUUGCAGAGAAGAAAUGGAGGGAAGUGGGUAGUGUUUUCAGGUUUUCACCAACGACAACAAGCGCAUCUUUCGUGCUUAGGAAACACUACUUCAGUCUUCUUUACCAUUACGAGCAGGUUCAUUUCUUUAAGAUGAAGGGUCCUCUACAUACUCCAAGAGUUACAUUUCCUGUUAACGACCCUUCAUGCAGACCUGAACUAGCUCUCGUGGAAUAUUCCCCUAAACCGAUAAGAGAAUUCCCAGAUCCACUUAUUGAAGGAACAUCAUGUUUUUCGGUUCUUGGAACGAUUGAUGGGAAGUUUGAUUGUGGUUAUUUGAUAUCUGUGAGGUUGGGUUCAGAGGUUCUUAGUGGAGUACUUUACCAUCCAGAGCAGCGAGGCUCUUCUGCCUCCACACUUGAAUAUAACAAUGCCCUUGUCCCAUACAAACGGGUUCGUACCCCCCGCCAUUCUGGGAGGAGGAGGAGAAGCAAAAGGGCUGGAGACCCCAGCUAUCCAAAACCCAACAGAAGUGGUUACAACUUUUUCUUUGCUGAAAAGCAUUACAAACUCAAAUCCCUCUAUCCAAAUAGAGAGAGGGAGUUCACAAAAAUGAUUGGAGAGUCUUGGAACAGUCUCAGCCCAGAAGAGAGGAUGGUGUACCAGAACAUUGGUUUGAAAGACAAGGAAAGAUACAGGAGAGAAUUGAAAGAGUACAAAGAGCGACUGAAACUCAGGCAGGCUGUGGAAGCUGAGAGACCUGACUACUAGACCUUAAUAGGAAGGAAAUCAGCAUUAUACAAAGAACCCAUUGCAGAUCUUUGCGACUUCUAAACCUAUGUAGAUAAUAAGUUGAACUGCCAUUUUGGAUUUCUUACCAAGUAGAAAAUUUUCAGCUUCUUAUUGAUAUGCCUCUAAUGAUAUUUCUUUACUAUGAAAUAAUUCAUUUACAGCCCCUGGAAGCUAUAUGCGUGUCUAGAAGCCAAAGCAUAACAGAUUAAGGGUUAAUUCCUUUAUUUUAUGCUAGAUCUGUCGUUAUCUCUAUCUUUUAAUGGAA